GUUGCACUUUGAUUUUUGUGGUCUGACAGUAUGUGUCAUCUGACGUUGUGUAGUCUGUAAUCCAAUCAGGGAGAGAGAGAGAGAGUGUAAUCCAUGUUAAUCCCACAUCCAGAGAGCGAGAGAGUAACCUAGGAUAGGGUGGGUCAUUAAGAGAGACAGAAACAGUUGAAAGACGGCUGUAAUCUCUGAAGGCACCACAACCUUUAGCUUUAUUGCUGCCUGCCUGUGUCCUGAACCCUGGUUGUCAGGGAUACCUCUCCAUGGAGACACACUCCCAAAGGUAGGGGAGGGCUUUAAGGGAAAGGAGACCCUCACCUUAAUGGAGCAACAAGUCAAGAGAAAGACUGAAGAAGGAAAGACUGAAGUAGUACUAGUAGUAGUGCAGAGAUAAGAGGGAAGGUCACCUGUGUGGGACCAAGAGGAGUGGUAAUCAACAGAAGGAAAGAAGAAGAAAGAGUUGGAUGAAGUGAGAUCUGUUUUUGUCAGGAUGGGCUAUGAUCUGGAGAGGUUUGUGGGCUAUGUGAAUGAGGGUCUUCUGUGCUGUGUGUGUCGAGACGUGUUGGAGCGCCCCCUCCAGGCGCCCUGCGAACAUGCCUACUGCAGCGCCUGCAUCAGCAGCUGGCUGGUCCAUCAUCACUCCUGUCCCGAGGACAGACUCCCACUGGAUUUGGGCAGUCUCAAACCACUGUACAGGUAUAUGCGUAAUGACCUGAACCGCCUGCAGAUACGUUGUGUGAAUGCAGGGCAGGGUUGUGAGGUGGUCUGCUCCCUGGAGAGCCUGCACACACAUGAGGAUGAGUGCGAGUUUGCCUUCAUUUCCUGCUCUAACACAGGUUGUCCUGUGCAGGUAGAGAGGCGGGGUUUGGAGGCUCAUCUGUCAGAAUGUAACUUCCGCAGCAGGGAGUGUCCCAACGGCUGUGGCCACACCCUGCUCUCCAUCGACCAAUCACAGCAUAACUGUGUAGCAGAGCUGCGCACAGAAGUGGAGAUGCUCAGGGCAGAGAUGCUGUGUAAGGUGGAGGAGGUGAAACGAGAGAUGGAGUCUCGGUUGGAUUCGCAGAGGCGACACAUGGUGCAGAAAGAGUCGCAGCUGAAGAACGACGUGGAGGAGCUCAAGGAUCAGUUGUCCCGUGUGGUGUGUGACAUGCGAGCCCUGUUAGGAGCAGAGCGUCUGAGAAGACAGGAGCUGGCAGAAGCAGAGCUGGAGAAGAGGGAACUGUUGGAGCUCCUCAGAGAUCUGCAGUCAACCAGGAGUCAGCAUCCUGUCAAACAGGCAUCCAGUGACCAGCAUCAGGGAGCCCAGCAGCAGACAUCUGGAUGGGAGACAAGACACCAGCAGAGGGAGGCACCUUUACAUGCCUCCAGACUGUCACUACAUUCAGCUCAGUCCAUAAAUAUAUCAGGACCACCUCUAUCACCUCAGCUGGGAGAGGGGACGCGCAAGGGUGGUACCAGGAGCCUGACUCUAGACUGCAUCAAGAGGAAGAGCCGGGAGGUGACUGUCAUCUGAGUAGACUGGACUGGUGGCAGAUUAGCCAAACCAUAAAUGAUAAAAUCUUUAUUUUUGUAAUAUUUGGCUAACAGUUUAGUAAUGACAACAUAGUGUGUGUACAGUACGCUAUGGAAUGAUGCGUUGUUAUAGUCUGCUGUGGAAUGAACCAUAUGUUGUGUUUGAAAGGUGUUUUUGUGUAAUUCUACAAACAAAGUUGAUCUUUUGACAGUAGGUGAGAAAGUGAAUAGACAUCAAUUUAUUUUGUGGACUCACCAGUGAUCAUUUCUGCAAACGGAUCAUUGUAUAAUGUCGGUUAUUUUUUAUCACAGGUUUUAAUUAUACACAGUUACUUCAAGUAAUUUUCUUGAUCUCAGGAUCAAAUUAGUUUCCUCAGUAGUGAUCCAUCUGAUGCAGUAUUUUAUGCUUUGAAAAUGUUUGUUAAAUGGUUCUCAAGUGUCCUGCAAGAACUUGGUUACACGAGAACUUCUAAAAUUAUUUUAAGUCUAAGCCAACCUAACAUGUUGAGAAUUGUUUCUUGACUCACAAUGUGUAAUAUUUCACAGGUUUGUUGAUCUAAGGUAUGAAAAACAAAGGCAUACCAAGCAAAUCUUGGGAGGACAGCUGGCAUAGGGUUCAUGUUAACAGUUUGUGUUUUGGCUGUUACAGUCUCCAUCAAGACUAAAGGACUGCAUGUAACACUACCAAUUUGAUCUCUGACAUAACUAACUUGUAACGUAACUUGGUGUCGCAGUUGGCAAAGGCAUGUAUUGUGGGUUUAACUUGUGUUGUACAUUCUGCACCUUUCUGUCUUACAAAUACUUAAUUUUUAACCACUUUCACUCAUUAAAUUCAAUGAACUAUUCCUAAAUGGUCUUUUUAAAAUGGCCACCUUGGACUUUA